CCUAUAUUGUGGAUCGUUCUAAACUCAAACGUAAUGGUUUCUCCUCUUAUGAUAUUAAAUCAUAUAUUGAUUCGAUUUCAUCACAUGAUGAAUAUACCUAUAAUUUAACCACUGCUGUACUGGUUAUUGGUUUCAGACUUCUAGCAAGACCUGGUGAUCUUUGCGAUCUCUCUUGGUCUUCUGUGAAACCAAAUGAUCCAAAGAAAAAUUGGUUUACAUUUGAUCUAUCAGGCCACAAAACUGAUUUUUUCAUGAUUGACGAUCCAACCCCAAUCGAACCUUACUGUGGUGAAAAGAAAUACUGUCCAUCCUUUAUACUUAAUAGAUAUAUGAAGAUGGUCUCUCACUUCAAGUCUCCUGACUCACCAUUAUUCUCAUGGGCAGACGAUUUGUACCUAGAUACAAUUGACCUUUCUAAUAUUAUUAAGACUGCUAUGUCUUCUAUUGGUGUCUUUCAUACUUCUGGCCACAGUGCAAGAAUUGGUGCAGCUACUAAACUCACUUCUAAAGGAAUUUCAGAAGUUAUUAUUAAAACAGCAGGUUAUUGGAUGCCAGGUUCCAGAUCUAGAAAGCAUUAUCAAAGUAGAAUAGGUCUUGCUUAUCAAGGUUUAACUACUACUAUGCUUAAAUAA